AGAACAACAGUUUGAAGCGGCUAGGGCAGUUGGUGUUUCAUUUUGAAUCAAUUGCGUCUUCAGUGGUCGUGCAAUAUCCCGAUUUGGAUUCCCAAACGUGCAUUUUGGCCAGCUGGAGCAAAGUCGGCGUCACCAAGGAAACUGUGACAUGGGCAUGUCCUGGAGGCAAGUGUCAAAAUGGAAUAAUAUAGUUUUAGGGGGGAAAUUGUGUUGCCGUUUCGGGUACUUUGCAUCGCAUCCCACUACAUCCCGCGUCGCAUGAUAAUCCCAGUUCCCAAUUGCGCUCGUGCGUUAAACCAGAAAAGGAAUAUGUGCGUUCCUGUUAUUUAAUGUGAUUGUGGACAUUUUUGUUAACCUAUUUCUUCUCAUUGUGUAUUAACCAUAUGCCUCCCCAUAUCGUCUAUAAUUACAUUUAAUGAAGUCUGUUUCAUCCUGUUCUUUUUUUGUAAUCUUUUUCCGCCACUGAUCAAUAUUCUAUACUUCUGAAAUAGGAACCAGAGUUUUAUGUACUUAAAGAAGAUGCUUCACCAUGCAUUUUUGGCCCGAUUGAGAAGCAGAGAUGGUCCUAUGCUUGUGCAAAACAACUUAUUGAAAGGCUAAUUUAUGCUGAGGGUGCAGAAAAUGGCCUCGAUUUUACUAUUGUGAGACCUUUUAAUUGGAUUGGACCAAGGAUGGAUUUUAUUCCUGGAAUUGAUGGUCCUAGUGAGGGCGUUCCUCGGGUGUUGGCAUGUUUCAGUAAUGAUAUUUACAGUAUAAUUCAUGGAGAAUCUUUUACGCCGUGAACCUUUAAAGCUUGUUGAUGGUGGAUCCCAAAGAACUUUUGGGUACAUCAAGGAUGCCAUUGAAGCUGUUCUCUUGAUGAUUGAAAAUCCUGCUCGAGCCAAUGGCCAGAUCUUUAAUGUCGGAAAUCCCAACAAUGAAGUUACAGUAAAGCAACUUGCUGAAAUGAUGACAGAGGUGUAUUCAAAGCUGUCAGGAGAUCCACCAUUGGAGGAGCAUACCAUUGAUGCGAGCUCCAAGGAGUUUUAUGGUGAAGGAUAUGAUGACAGUGAUAAACGGAUUCCCGACAUGACCAUAAUCAAUAAACAACUUGGAUGGAGUCCAAAGACAUCGCUGUGGGACCUGCUGGAAUCAACCUUGACAUACCAGCACAGGACAUAUGCAGAAGCCAUCAAAAGAACAAUGGCAAAACCUGUUGCAUCCAGUUAGAUCAUGCAGAGGUUGGAUUGGAUGUCCAAAAGCUGGUUCCCCCAAGUCAUCAUUGCAGAUCUCUUUCAAUUCUUUUUAAAGGUCUUAUAUAUGUAAGCAAUUUGUGCAUCAUUUUUUUUUCUUAUUACUAGAUGAUGUCAAGAGCUUCCUACCCUGAAAUUUAUUCGGUGUUGAUAAAAGUAGUUAUCUGCUACGGCAGGAUGUUAGGGAUGGUUUAUGUAGUGAAUGACAUCAGUGCUAUACCCAACGCAUGUUGUUAGUGAAAAAUGUUUCUGUUGUCCUAUUUC